AUGCGAUUGUUAAACGCAAAAACCCUCCAAGUCGAGGAGUUCAUGGAUCAUAAAGUUCCGGAAUAUGCCAUCCUUUCCCAUACAUGGGUUGCGGGACAAGAAGCUAGUUUACAGGAUAUGCAGAAGAAAGAAGGCAGAGAGCGAUCAGGUUACGAAAAGAUCAGAAAGACAUGCGAGUUAGCUCUUCAGCAUGACCUUGCUUAUGCCUGGGUCGAUACCUGCUGUAUCGACAAGACCAGUAGUGCGGAACUGUCAGAAGCUAUUAACUCAAUGAUGAGUUGGUAUCAACGCUCUGAAGUGUGCUUCACCUAUCUGGCCGAUGUACCACCAGGCACAGAUAUUCAACAGCAGGAAUCUGCAUUUGCGAAGAGCCGUUGGUUUGAAAGAGGCUGGACCCCCAGUUAA